AUGUCAAUGAUGUCCUUUGAAAACCUCGUCGCGUUGGCAAAUCAUCAGGAGAGAAUCAAAGAGGCGCGACAGAUGGUCUGGCGGGUCAAAGGGCAGCCGGUCGUCGAGCUGGAUGAUGUCGAGUCGUGUCUGAAGCAUGCCGCCAUCGGGGGGUUACGAUCCGCCACACUUGCGUUUAAUAUCAGAGCCGCUUUCAACCUUGUAUUGGCCUUUAUGCGCCUUCGAUCGCUUCCCAAAAAGAAACGGUUACCUUUACUUGUACACGCCAUAUUUGGGACCGAUACUUGGCGGUUCGCUGCUAUGCUCGGCUCUUUCACGUCAAUAUACAAAUUCCUUCUCAAUGCCCUACCAAUACUACUUCCCGAGACGAGACUAUCCUCGAGCCACCUAUUAUCCAAUUCGUUCUGUGAAGAAGACAUGGAAUGCCUCGAGAAAAAAUCUCUCGAACUUGCUAUUACAUCCGAUACACGUCGCCGUCGUACCGCUAGGUUGUCGUUGAGCGUGAAUGCCCAGAAAGCUUGGGUCCGCAAGAAAACGCGGCGAUGGCAUGCCGCCUUUGCCGGUGCGGUUGCCGGCGGGAUAGCAGUCUUGUUCGAGACAUCAGGGAGGAGGGUGACUAUCGGACAGCAGAUGUUCGUUCGGGGGCUCCAGGGAUGUUUCAAUGCGUACACAACGGCUAAGAAUAUCAAGAUACCCCAUGGCGAUGUUAUACUGUUUGCGCUUAUUAAUGGACAAAUUUUGUAUGCGAACUUCUUGAGACCCGAUAGUUUGAACAGAGGAUACAACAAUUGGUACGGGUUUAUAAGAGUAUCCGAAGUUCCUCCAGAGGCGUAUAGAAUAAAUCGCGACUUGAUGCGCAACCACACAUAUAACCCUAACGAUUUAGAUAAACUUAUUGCUAAUCCUAAAUACAAAAUCACUCCCCAAAACACCACUACACUUCUGGCCCACAAGGACGCUUUCUUUAAUGGAGCGUCCAACCCUUCCAAAUACAUCGCUGAUUCUCAGUGCCCUUGCAAGGCUCUCCAUCCCGGCCAGACAUCCUGCUGGCACGUUCCCGCAGCACGUUUUCUCUACGUAGCCAAAUUCAUGCUUCCCGUAUACGGAGCACUGCAUUUCCUACCUCCCGUUCUAUUCAGGACCAAGGCUUUCAUGAAGAACCCUCUUAAAAUUCUCCUAAAGUCUGCGAUGGGAACUGCGAGGAGCUGUACCUUCCUCGGAGUCUUUGUCGUUAUUUACCAGACUGCCAUAUGCUUGCGAAGCUUCUUCCAUGAAUUCUUCUCAAUGCUCCCAGUCAACUCGAUGCUCAAGCUACCACAGUGGCUGGUGGACGCCAUGUUCGUAUCCCGAGCAGCGUAUUUCAUACCAGGCUUGGCAAGCGGUCUGAGUUUAUUUGUCGAGGAGAAGAGGAGGCGUGCGGAGUUGUCAAUGUAUGUAUUGCCAAAGGCGCUGGAGAGCUUUUGGCGCGUUGCUACUGGGAAGGUUCCUGGAGGAGUUCGGACCGGCAAGACUGGAGAGGCCUUGUUGACGGCGAUUGGGAUGGCUAUGGUUAUGUGCACAUACCAAAAUGAUCCUCAGCACUUGUCAGGACUUGUGAGACGUAUUUUAUACCAGUUUAUUGGGCCGAAUUGA